CUUUGCAUUCUGAAAAAAAUGUUCAAUAGUCCGCUCAAAUAGUUUUUUUUAAUUAAUUUGUUGAAUGAUUUCUUAAUAAUUAUUCUAAUAAAAUAUCAACAAAAUGAAUAGAGUUGUAUCAUUUUUCGAAAAACAACAAGGCAUAUCAAAUGAUUUUACCUACGACUUUGCCCUGCGUCGUUUGUGCGUUGCCAAAGAGGACAGUUGGAGAGGAAUCACUCCAAGUACCUACAGUUCAGACUACAAUCCAGAGCCACCAAUAUUCUCUGCUAAAUUUGCCAAUUGUGAAAAUUACAAACAUAUUCUGGCAAUAGCCAAUGAAGAUGGAAAGAUUGCAUUACAAGACACAAACAUCAGAAACACUGAUUCCGAAGAGAAAGCCUUAUCUGCGCCACAAUGUCAUUUCAAUGCGGUAUUCGAUUUGGAAUGGGCUCCCGGUGAAAUGAAGUUUGUUUCAGCUUCAGGAGAUCACACAGCUCGUCUGUGGGAUGUAACGGGUUCAGAUAUUCGUGAAAGUCGAUCAUUUAAUGGUCAUACACGUUCUGUUAAAACUGCUGCCUUUCGUAAAAAAGACUCAUCGGUGUUUGCAACUGGUGGGAGAGAUGGUGCUAUUUUGAUUUGGGAUACAAGAGCUAAUUUGAAUUUGGACUUGACUCCGAGAGCUGAUAAUUGCAUUUAUAGUGGUCAUUCGGGUGGACCUGGAACUCCGGUUUCACAAAAGAAGAAAACCAGGACGCCGAAGCUGGGACAAAAUGCUACUUCAAGUAGUAUCACGGGAUUAGUUUUUCAGGACAGUGACACACUAGUUUCGUGUGGAGCUGGAGACGGUGUCAUAAAGGUAUGGGAUCUACGUAGGAAUUACACAUGCUACAAAAAAGAACCUUUGCCAAAAUACAGCUUACCAUAUGCGGGCUCUUCCACAUUCAAAGGUUUCACAAAUCUAAUAAUUGACGAAGCUGGCGCCAAACUGUAUGCAAAUUGUACAGACAAUACAAUCUAUUGCUACAAUCUCUUUUCAUACUCAACAAAGCCAAUACAAGUGUAUCAUGGCUUACGAAAUAGUACGUUCUUCAUAAAAUCUUGUCUAAGUCCUGAUGGAAAGUAUUUAAUAAGUGGCAGCAGCGAUGAAAAAGCUUAUAUUUGGAAUCUAAAGCAAUCAGAGCCACUGGUGGCUCUAGCUGGACAUACUGUUGAAGUAACUUGCGUUGCUUGGGGAGCCUAUGGUGAUAUGCCAAUUAUAACAUGCAGUGAUGAUGCUCGUCAUAAAAUUUGGCGAAUAGGACCUGAAGGUAUAAAUCAUGCCAACGAUACACUCUAUCGAGGACAUGCGGAAGUCUUACAGUCAAGUAAGACCAAGACGAUUAUAACUUCACAACACAAAUUCAAUUUAAAGGAGCUGGAAUGCACUCCAAGAUCGCUUAAAAGAAUUGUUGAACAAAACGAAAAGACACCAAGUACCGAGGAGAAAGUACCAUCCAAACGAUCAUUUGCCGAUAUGAUGGGUGAAAGUUCUUGUUAUGAUAAUAAUGGCAGCGAACAGAAGAGACAAAAAGUAAUUGAAUCUAGAGGUAGGCGAUUGUUUAGUCCUACGGGUCCAUGUACCUCAAAAUUGUGUUCAAUUUCUGAAGAAAAUAAUAUCCACGAAACAAUUAUCAACUCGAUAUCAGCUGAUAAUCCAGAAGACAGUAAUCAAGAAAAUAAAUACAAUACCAACACAAAUGGAUCUUCAGAUCCAUGCGCUGCCGUUUUGCCUUCCACUAGUGCUUAUGCACUAGCUUCAUUAAAGCUACUCUCACCUCUGAGUGAAAGAAUGUUGGGCAAUGGUAAUCCAACCUCUUCCAACUCAAAUACAUCUCCUAUUGCAUCCAGUUCAGCCUUUUCAUCUGUGAUUUUCUCCCCCACAUCAAACCUGCCAAAUUAUGUCGUUGAUGGUGAUGCACCACAUCUCGGUAUUAUGUCACCCAAAAGAAAACUCAAAGACAAAGUCGAUUGGUUGACAAAAAUUCGAAAGCAAAAACUUAUGACCGGUCGAAGUGUAACACUAUCGGAUAAAAUACACGACGAACGACAAUCGAAUAGGGAGGAUAGCUCUGCAAGCAGCCCUAGCCAUUGUAUUUCGUCGCCGCGAUUACAAAGUCUUCGUGCUGUCGAAGGAGGAAAUUCUAGACUUCAAAGUUCUGUGUCGCGAAGACGAACUUCACACACUGGUUCGAAUAAUUCCGAACAAAUAAUGUCUCCGUCGUCGUCAUCUUCCCAUUCAAAUUCUCAACACCACCCGCAUCAACAUACACAAAGAACUCCAACGUCUAGUCGACGGAAUAGUGAAACUUCAAUUUUAAGGUUCUUCUCAACCCAACAUCGAAGUUCUCAAGACCCAAUAAGACAUAAAGAAGACGAACAAAGGCCUUUGCCACAACAACAGUCACAAACCACCACCACAACAAUUCAGCAAACGACUGCAUCAUGUGCUGACUAAAACUAUAUGGUUUUUAAUGUAUUAAAUUUAAUUAUUCAUUUAUUUGUUAAAAUAAUAAAUACUUUAUUAUAUAAAUUA